AUGGUUUACGACAGUACGAAUAAAGCCGACCAUCCGAUAAUUGAUAAUGUUGAACCAAGCUCAGAGCCUCGCCUGGAUGAAGGCGAAAAGAAGGAGCAAAAUACUCGCCUUGAUGAUGUCCUUAGCGGAGCCGUCAACGCUGCCAUGUCAGGUCGCCUGAAGCGUCUCGACAAUGCGGAAAAGAAAGUUGGCGAAAGCCUGAAAUUGCCGAAUGAAGCCACGACGGAUACGCGUGAGGAGGAAAAGGGAAAAGCAGCGACCCGACAAAUUUCAAUGAACGAGAAUUUUUUAGCGGUAAAAGAGGCAGCGGAAACUAGGCUAGAUCAAGCGAAGGAACGGCUUGAAGAGAACUGGAAUGCGACUGAAAAUACCGCAGCCGAUAACCGAAGUGUAAAUGAGGAAUCUAAACCGAGCAAAGGAGAAGCCAAAGCCACUCAUUCAGAAAACGCUGUCGGGAAUAGCGAAGAUUCAACUCGUAUUUUCGCGGCGGCAACUGAGUUUGCCCGAGAAAAGGCUGAGAACGUUAAAAACACUCUGGAAGCGCGCAACCAGACUCGAAAUGGAGAUGAUUCGGUAGCAUCUAGAUCAAACAAGGUUGUGGAGAGAGAAUAAAACAAAUGAUUUUGAUCAAAGUACUGCCGAGUACGUUGACAACGCAAAGCAGUAAAGGUCUAUAAGGUAGCGAGGGAAACAGAUCUCUUCUAAGUGAACAGGUUGAAGAAGUCUAAGCUUUGGAAGAAGCACUGACAUUCCAAUAAGAAAGAUCCAAAGGAUC